CGGAGCGCGAUGAGCUGCAGCAGUGCCUUGCCGCCACGAGCGAUGAUCUGGGUAGGCAGCUGCGUGCUGUGGAGCAGGCGAAGACGGAGGUGGAGCAGAGCCUGGAGGCAAUGACGUCGGAGCGCGAUGAGCUGCGGGAGCACCUUGCCGCCACGAGCGAUGAUCUGGGUAGGCAGCUGCGUGCUGUGGAGCAGGCGAAGACGGAGGUGGAGCAGAGCCUGGAGGCAAUGACGUCGGAGCGCGAUGAGCUGCAGGAGCGCCUUGCCGCCACGAGCGAUGAUCUGGGUAGGCAGCUGCGUGCUGUGGAGCAGGCGAAGACGGAGGUGGAGCAGAGCCUGGAGGCGAUGACGUCGGAGCGCGAUGAGCUGCAGGAGCGCCUUGCCGCCACGAGCGAUGAUCUGGGUAGGCAGCUGCGUGCUGUGGAGCAGGCGAAGACGGAGGUGGAGCAGAGCCUGGAGGCGAUGACGUCGGAGCGCGAUGAGCUGCGGGAGCACCUUGCCGCCACGAGCGAUGAUCUGGGUAGGCAGCUGCGUGCUGUGGAGCAGGCGAAGACGGAGGUGGAGCAGAGCCUGGAGGCGAUGACGUCGGAGCGCGAUGAGCUGCAGGAGCACCUUGCCGCCACGAGCGAUGAUCUGGGUAGGCAGCUGCGUGCUGUGGAGCAGGCGAAGACGGAGGUGGAGCAGAGCCUGGAGGCAAUGACGUCGGAGCGCGAUGAGCUGCAGGAGCACCUUGCCGCCACGAGCGAUGAUCUGGGUAGGCAGCUGCGUGCUGUGGAGCAGGCGAAGACGGAGGUGGAGCAGAGCCUGGAGGCGAUGACGUCGGAGCGCGAUGAGCUGCGGGAGCACCUUGCCGCCACGAGCGAUGAUCUGGGUAGGCAGCUGCGUGCUGUGGAGCAGGCGAAGACGGAGGUGGAGCAGAGCCUGGAGGCAAUGACGUCGGAGCGCGAUGAGCUGCAGGAGAAUUUGUUUUCAUUGAAAAACGAAUACGAUUCGGUUGUUGUGUCUUGUGAGAAGUUGCGUGUGGACGUGUCAUUGGCGGAAUCGGCGCAUCAAAAUGAGUUGUCAGUGCUUCGAGGUGAGAAGGAUGCUAUUGCUGCCGAGUUACGCAGGGUUACUUUUCGGUUGGAUGCAUCGGAGGUGCGGCUGAAGUACUUGCGUUCAUUAUGUAAGUCGGCGGGAUUGGGUGGCUCGGCGGAGAGUGGCGAGGACUAUCAAGUUACCCGUUCCGUGCUGGCGAUGAGGAGGACGUGA